AUGGAACCCGCCAUUUCCAGUCCGCGAAAGUCAUGCUGUCUGAUCGGAAUCCUACGUCUCAGCCGCCAUGACCAGUAGGGUUAUCGAGAUCAACCUGGUCGUCGAGAGUCUUGCUGUCACCUUUGGCGUGGCUUUAGCAUCGUGCUCAGAGUUCCCUCUUGACGUAGGGCGUAAUGUUGCUCGAUGGUCAUCUAGCGCCAUAGCGUGGAAGGCAUAUUUGAUCUGGGGUGUACAUCCGUAUUAGAGAAACUGCUCAGUAUUCUUAUACCGAUCGCUUGUUAGGCAAGCCAGAGGACCACUGUGUAAAGCGCUCGCAAUGUCGAAAUCACCAAUGUCCUCGUUCGAGACAUCUUUGUAAAGUCAAUCAUCAUACUCUAGAGCCACGGUAGCACCUUUGGCACGCCGACCCAGCAUUAUGGUUUCGUUAACGUUGAUUGUCUCGAAUUCAGCCUCUCUCGCAGUCACAAGGC